GAUGUGGUGAUGGGCUAUUUCCCACUUGGGCAAAUAAGGCGACUGGUGCGCCUCUGCCUUCACGGACGUGACCGGUCCUUAGGACCCAGCGAGUCCCCUUUGUUCCCCGCGGGCGCGGGCGGCGGGGGGAGGGGCCGCUGGCGUCCGCUCCGAUGGGCGGGGCCGGCCCUCGCGCCAUCGCCCCCGCCCCGCCGCCGCCGAGGGGCAGGGCCCCCUCGCCCCCGCCCCUUCCCACGCGCCGGCCCGUCGCCCCCCGCGCGCGUGCACACACGCGAGCCCAGGCGGCAUGCAAAUGAGCCGGCUCCAGUGCCCAGACCCAAGCCCCUCACUGCUCAAUGGACACCCCCAGCCCAGACCCGUUGCCUUCGACUUUGCCUGGGGAGGAAGAGAAACCUCUGACCUUACUUCCUCCUGUUCCCCGGGGCCGCCGAGGCAGACCUCCCGGGGGAGCCGCCUCCUCAAAUCGGACCCUCAAGGCCUCCUUCCCUCGCAAGCGGGGCCGCCCCCCCAAGUCAGGGCAGGAGCCCCCGCUGGCGCAGGGGCUGACCUCGCAGGUGGGCAGUGGUGGUGGCAGCGACCUCCUGUUGAUCGAUGAUCAGGGUGUGCCCUAUACAGUCUCGGAAAGGUCGGCUGCAGGUGGGCCCCAAGGCUCUGUCUCCAGAAGGGCCCCACACUUCUGCCCUGUGUGCCUGCGGGCCUUCCCCUACCUCUCCGACCUGGAGCGCCACAGCAUCUCACACUCGGAGCUGAAGCCACAUGAGUGCAAGGAUUGCGGCAAGACCUUCAAGCGGUCCAGCCACCUGCGACGGCACUGCAACAUCCAUGCGGGCCUGCGACCCUUCCGCUGCCAGCUGUGCCCACGCCGCUUCCGCGAGGCGGGCGAGCUGGCGCACCACCACCGCGUGCACUCGGGCGAGCGCCCAUACCAGUGCCCAGUGUGCCGGCUGCGCUUCACCGAGGCCAACACGCUGCGGCGCCAUUCCAAACGCAAGCACCCGGAGGCCAUGGGGGUGCCCCUGUGUCCCCCGGAUCCAAGGCCGGAGCCGCCCUGGGACGAAGAAGGCAUACUGACCACAGCGGGUGUGCGCGAGGAGGGCCCCGAGGGGAAGGAGCCCGCCUGACCCGCACCCUCGGCCUCAGCUUCCUGGUCCCGGCUUACAGCCAGGAACUCAGCUGGCACCGGGCCUGGGCAAACAGGCCAGGACACCCUCGCUUCUGGUGACCUUCCUGUCGUGGGAGGGGGUCGAGGGUAGGGACUUACACCUCCAGGUCCUGCUGCCUUGUGGCACCUUCCCGCAGACUAACAGGUCCCGGGAGGCAGGGGCUGUGGAAAUAAAUCCCUGCCUACUGGCUUCAUGUGUGUAUUCCAUGAUGAUGCCUCUUCUCCAUUGCAGUGUUCAGCGACUGCACCGCCUUGACAGAAGUGCGUGGGAUUCCAAAUAACCCACAUCACAUGCCUUGUUAGCAUGGCGCCAAAGAAUGGCUCUGAAGAAGCCUUUGCUCCUCUCCCAUUUCCACCAGACCCCAAAGUGCUACCAAUAAAAAGCCAGUCUAAGUGAGCCAUUGACC